AUGCGGGCCCUUGAACACGACGAGGAAGACUUCUUCGUACCCCGAAUCUUCGUCGCCCCCAAGGAAUCUAACGCGACCAGGUCAACAGUCGAGGAGCUGGAGCAAACCGUUUUGAUCAAACACCUCCCGGAUCGCAAGGUCUACCUGGGAACGGGGCUGACCCCUGAACUUAGAGCAGAGUUUAUUCAACUCCUUAGUAAUAGUAUCGACUAUUUCGCUUGGUCCCACUUAGAUAUGAAAGAUUUCGUGGCCGACUUCUCGCCAACCCUCGUGCCUGAGGUAGAGAAGGAGAUUUUAUUAAAAUCAGGCAUAUCCUCCAGGGUAUGGACCCUGUUCAUAGAUGGUGCCACAAAUGUAAGGGGAUCCGGACUCGGUAUAGUCCUAAAGCAGCCCGUUGGCGGCAUAAUCAGACAAUCCAUAAAAACCACAAAAUUGACUAACAAUAAAGCCGAGUAUGAGGCUAUGAUUUCAGGUUUAGAGUUGGCCAAAAGUUUGCGAGAUGAGACUGUUGCGGCAAAAUGUGACUCGCUCCUCGUGGUAAGCCAAGUAAAUGGAAGCUAUGAAGCCCAAGAAGACAGGAUGCAAAGGUAUUUGGACAAAAUCCAAAUCGCAUUGCAUCGCUUCAAAGAAUGGACCUUAGUCCAUGUACCUCGAGAGAAAAAUUGCGAGGUCGAUGCCCUCGCGAACCUAGGAUCUUACGCUGAGAAAGAAGACCUGCUCCCCAAAACCGUCGUUCAACUGUUCAAAUCUGUGGUCGAGGAAGGUCACGCAGAAAUUAACUCCACCAGUCUGACAUGGGAAUGGAGAAACAAAUACAUCGUUUAUUUGAAGGACGGAAAGCUACCCACGGAUCACAAAGAAUUAAGGGCCAUGCGAACCAAAGCAGCCAAGUUCUCACUCAACGAAAAUGGGGCUCUUUACAGGAGAACUUUUGAUGGUCCCCUGGAGAUAUGCUUGGGGCCGGGUGACACGGAUCACGUGCUUCGGGAGAUCCACGAGGGCACUUGCGGAAAUCACUCUGGGCCCGAUUCCUUAGUCCGAAAAGUGAUCAGAGUAGGCUAUUAUUGGGACAGCGUGGAAAAAGAUGCCAGGGAAUUCGUCCGAAAAUGCAACAAGUGUCAGAGGUUUGCUCCCAUGAUUCACCAGCCCAGGGAACAACUGCAUUCCGUUUUAUCACUAUGGCCAUUUAUGAAAUGGGGGAUGCACAUUGUCGGCCCUUUGCCGACGGCGCCAGAUAAGGCCAGAUUCAUUUAA